AUGAACGAACCUGAUCAGAUCGAAUUAAACGAUUUGGGAGCCCGGCGUCGGCAGGGAGAAAUAGAGAUCUUGAGUACAAUAUACGAAGGCGAUGAGGCAGGUGACAUGAACGCGGUGCAGGCCUCUUCUUUCUUUCAUGCUCUCCGUAAGACCGCUCUGGCUACUGUCCAGCAACUGAUGAAUUGUCUUCUUACAAUGGUGAUGACUGUCGCCGCCUGGGCAAAAACGUUCUGGUGCAAGUGCACGGAAUGCUCAAUUCCAGCGAUGGGUUCAAGCCAACCAGUCUCAACAUUUGGGUUGCUAAGUGCAGGAUCUUCGGGUUGCUAUGAGCCAGAUUUGGAUAUCACCAUCACAGCGCGUAAAAAAGUUAUCUUUGUUUUAUGGCUGAGUUUAUUCGUUGUAGGACUGGAUGCGGCUUUAAUGGCGAAUGCGAUCCCCAAGAUCACCGUCGACUUUGGAUCAUACGAAGACAUCUGUUGUGUUCCAGCUUUGCUGGAAGCAAAGGGUUUAUAUCUGGUGCAUGAUCAUCUUCGAAAGUAA